AUGGCCACCUACUGGCAGGGCCUGUGGGCCUAUCGCUCUUACCUGCUUGUGUUCUGCCUGCCCAUUCUUCUGCUGCCUCUGCCCAUUCUUGUCCCCACCAAGGAAGCCUACUGCGCCUACACCAUCAUUCUCAUGGCGCUCUUCUGGUGCACCGAGGCUGUGCCCAUUGCUGUCACUGCCUUCUUCCCCCUCGUCCUGUAUCCCAUGAUGGGCAUCAUGGAGGCCUCUGAGGUCAGCGUUGAGUACCUGACGGACACCAAUAUCCUGUUCUUCGCGGGGCUGCUGGUGGCUGUCACCAUCGAGCACUGGAACCUGCACAAACGCAUCGCCCUCUGUGUGCUCCUCUUCAUCGGGGUGCGGCCUGCCCUGCUGAUCCUGGGCUUCAUGAUAGUCACGGCCUUCCUGUCCAUGUGGAUCAGCAACACGGCCACCUCAGCCAUGAUGGUGCCCAUCGCACAUGCCGUCCUGGAGCAGCUGCACAACACGCACAUGGGCAAGGACAUCGAGGAGGGCAGCCACAAUCCCACCUUUGAGCUCCAGGAACCAAGUCCCCAGAAGGAAAUGACCGAGUUUGAUAACGGGGAGGCCCUCCCUGUCUCACCUGCUGCUUCAAAGCCGAAGACACGUCAGAGCAAUAAGCAGCGCCUCAUGACCCAGGGCUUGAGCCUGUGCGUGUGCUACUCGGCCAGCAUUGGAGGCAUCGCCACACUGACCGGCACCGCGCCCAACCUGGUGCUGCAAGGCCAAAUCAACUUGCUCUUCCCCCAAAAUGGCAACGUGGUGAACUUUGCCUCCUGGUUCAGCUUUGCCUUCCCCACCAUGGUCAUCUUGCUGCUGCUGUCCUGGCUGUGGCUGCAGGUCCUCUUCCUGGGCUUCAACUUCCGGAAGAACUUUGGCAUUGGGGAACAGGCAAAGGAGGAACAGCAGGCAGCCCUCCACGUCAUCCAGACAGAGCACAAGCUGCUGGGCCCCAUGACCUUUGCAGAAAAGGCUAUCACUGUCCUUUUUGUCAUCCUGGUGGUGCUUUGGUUCACCCGGGAGCCGGGCUUUUUCCCUGGCUGGGGCGAGCUGGCUUUUCCCAAUGCCAAUGGGAACAGCAUGGUGUCUGAUGGGACAGUGGCCAUGUUCAUCGGCUUGCUUAUGUUCUUCAUACCCUCCAGUAUCCCAGGGCUGACCCAGGACCCAGAAAACCCAAGGAAGCUGAAGGGCCCUCCUGCCCUUCUCAGCUGGAAGACAGUGAAUGAAAGGAUGCCCUGGAAUGUCGUGUUCUUGCUGGGUGGUGGCUUUGCCCUGGCCAAGGGCAGUGAGCAAUCGGGCCUAUCAGCCUGGCUGGGGGACAAGCUAACCCAACUGGAGAAUGUGCCACCUUCUGCCAUUGCCUUCAUCCUCUGCCUCCUGAUUGCCAUCUUCACUGAGUUCAUGAGCAACCUGGCCACCACCACACUCUUCCUGCCCAUCCUGGCCUCCAUGGCCCAGGCCAUCUGCGUCCAUCCUCUGUACGUCAUGAUCCCCUGCACUCUGGCCUCCUCCCUGGCCUUCAUGCUGCCUGUGGCCACCACACCCAACGUCAUCGUCUUCUCUUUUGGGGGCCUCAAAGUGCUUGAUAUGGUCCGGGCUGGAUUCAUGCUCAACAUCAUCGGGGUGCUGGUCAUCACACUGGCCAUCAACAGCUGGAGUGUCCCCAUCUUCAACCUGGACACCUUCCCCUCCUGGGCCCACUCCAACACUUCAACCCACUGCCUGGCCAGCCAGGCCCACUCCACCACGCCUAGCCCCUAG